AUGAUUCUCGAUUUCAAAUCGCAAUGUGAAGAGGUUUGUUUUCAGCUGAAUUUUGGCUGAAAAUCAGUGUUUUUCAUAAAAAAUCUUCAGGAAUUCUCAAAUGUAACGCUUAUUUUAACAAUGAUCGGACUAAUUCCGAUAAUUUUCGGAAUUCUAACCACAAUUUUUAUCGGAAUGACAAUUUGGAAAGUUCGUCAAAUGAUGUCUGCUUGUGAUGGAAUAACAUCAAGUGCACAUUGGUUGUCAAGAACUUCGGUUAGAGUUGGAAUUGGAGCAUCGGCUAAACAAACACUUUUUGAUUAUGCUAAAUCGAAACCGGAAUUGGCUAGAUUCAUUAAUUUAAAAUAA